AUGGAAUCACUAAUGAAUGGGUCUAUUGGCUUUAUAGAUCAAAUCAAAAAUAAUUUCACCUUUCAUAAUAAAAGCUCUACUACAAAAAUUACUCCCAAAAAUAAAACCCAGCAAAAAUUAACAGAAAACGUCAUCAAUAAUAAAGCUCCAAUAUUGUCCGAUUCUUCAAAAAAAUAUGAAAAAUAUUUAAAUAAUAAUUAUGGUAAUAAUAAUACAGAAUUGAAUAUUUUAGGAGCUUCAUUACUUGAAUUAUUUGAUGGUGUAUACGGUAACAAUAACGGUAAUAAAUUACUUUCUAACUCCAAAUUCAAUAAUACCAGAUAUAACGAUAAAAAUAUCUGCUGUGCCAAAAAAUCUAAUAGUACUACUACAAAAAAAGAUAAAAUAAUCAAUACAAAUAAUAAAAACGACAUGUUUCUGAACACAAUGUCAAAAACUUCUAAUAUCCAUAAUAGGGCAAAUAACAAUCCUAAUAAUAAAUUUGAUAACUUUUUCAGUAUCUAUACAAAUGAAAAUAAAGAAAAUAUUAAACCAAUAGAUACUAGUAAAAUAUUAAAAGAAAGAAAAAUUAUACAAAACGAUUAUUAUAGUUUUGGAAAUAAUGCACAGCAGACCAUAAAAAAAAAGUUUGACGUUACAAAGGAAGUAAAGAAAUCAAAGCUGGCAAAGCAUAAGCCAAAAGGUAAAAAGAAAUUAAAAGGUAAAGGCAAUACUAAAAAUAAUAAUAAUAAUAAUAAUAAUAAUAAUAAUAAUAAUAGAAAAUAUAAAAUUGAAAGUAGCACAACCAUUGACAGCAUAAAUAGUAACAAUAAUUGUGAUGUUGUUAGUAGCGAUAAUAUUAAUAAACAAAAAUACUUUAAGAAUCAAGGUCAUGAUGAUCAUUUAAGAUUAUUAUAUUUAACUGAAUUAAAAAAUUUAGAAAAGCAAAUUGAUGAAUUACUUCAACUGGAUGCUAGUACAAAAUAUACACUGAAAAUCACACCCAAGGAGCAAGAAGCACAAUUAUAUCAUAAAGAACUACUAUUAAAUAAUAGCAAAAAAUUGUUACAAUAUAGUUUUGUUUUUAUGAAUACACUUUUAAGCAGUUAUGAACAAAAGGAAUACAACAAAUUAAAACAGAAGAAGGAAAAUGAUGAAGAAGAAAAGCAACUUAUAAUAAUAAAUGAUAAUAUCACUAGACCAUCUAAUAUAGCUAUUAAUAACAAUUUCGAUAUAAUAAGUGAGUACCAUAUGUAUAGAUAA